UGACGUCGUUUGCACAGGCACCGUCUUCCUCUUUGGCCUCAGUGUCCUCCGGUAGCAACGCGGAAUCGUCGGCCUCUGCAGCGUCCAACCAAUCCAUCGGGCCUAGCGCAACAGCAACAGGCUUAGCUGAUCCGUCAAGCUCAUCCGUCGCAGCCACAUCGUCGGCGCUAUCUACCUCGGCUGCCGUAACUUCGGAUCCGUCGUCGCAAUGUUGAGCACUGCGCUCUCAUCGUCCUCUGUUUCUUCGCGAUCUCUAUCGUCUACUGCUGUCUCUACCUCACUCUCGCAAUCAGCAUCGGCUGCAUCCUCUGCAUCAUCCCCCGCUACUUCCACUUCCGAGUCGGCAUCUACGUCACUUGGUUCCUCGUCAGCCGGGCUGACUUCCUCUGAAACUCUCGCCUCGUCAUCUGCUUCUGCGUCAGCAUCGGGUUCCGGCUCGGGUGCCUCGUCGUCGGCCGCAGUGACAUCUUCGGUAGGCAAUUCGACCAAUCCGUCGUCCUCGGCUCCUACAUCUUCGGCUUCCUUGUCUGUUACGUCUUCGUCGGGAGGCAACGCAACAGCUUCAAGUUCUGUUGCGUCAUUGUCUACGACAUCUUCUAUUGCGGUUUCUUCGUCUGUGUCGUCAGGCAACGCGUCAACGUCGAGCACCAUCCUUUCCUCAAGUGGAACGUCCACGGCUUCCUCGUCCGCUGCAUCUCCGACUGCAACCACCGGGCCGUCGGAGAUCACAAGCUACCUGGAUACACACAAUUUCUACCGCGCCGAAUACAACGCGCCGGCCCUGACGUGGUCAACCGACCUGCAGGCCGCUGCACAGGGCUACGCCGACAGCUGCCUGUUCGCGAACCCCGCAGGCGCGCUCGGUGCUGUGGGCACGAACCUCGCAGCGGGCACGGGCACGUUCGACGCGAAGGCCGCGGUGACGCUGUUCAUGAGUGACGCGUCCGCGUACGAUCCGGAGAACCCGACGUUCUCGCACUUCACGCAGGUCGUGUGGAAGAAUACGACGGAGCUGGGGUGCGCGGCUACGGUGUGUGAUGGUAUAUUUGACGAGCCGGCGACGUACCAUGUUUGUGCGUAUGCGCCGACUGGCAAUGUUAUCGGGCAGGCGCAGUUCAACGUGCAAGCAUGAUGACGGCUGUUCAGCGAAGGUCUGUUUUCUCUACGCCGCAAGUCGACGACUUGCUGCAUAAUCGACUGUGAUCUCCCUGUUUCUGGUCUGUGGUC